AUGGUAUCCAUCUUGAUACGCAGCCUCGUCGCCGCGACUCUGGUUCUCGGGCCAGCGGUGCAGGUGCAGGCCCAAUCCGAUGACAUAUGGGUGCUGUGCAUAGCACCAUACGAUCCGGAAUUCGAUCGCUGCUGUGUUACGUACGAGCCCAGCGCACACGGGGCCGACACCUACACCGGCUUCAAUUGCAGUGGCGCCGCAACCGCCUCCGGGUCCUCGUACCGCUACUGCUACAAGGAGGGAGUAGACAACCAAUACACGCCCGGUCCCCCUUACGGUGCCUGCUGCGCCUCGUAUGCGCCGGCCAACCAGACCGGGGCCAAUGGCGAGUCCUAUGGCUGCUCCCUGAGGGGCCAAGCGAUCGCUGUAUUCGGAAACAGUACUGUUUAG